CGAGCAGAAGGAAGUGACGUGUUUCAGCGUCAGCCUCUUCCGCUCUCUUUUCGUUGAGGCUCAGCUAGCGGCCGGCCUGCAAACAUGCAGAUCUUCGUGAAGACGUUGACGGGGAAGACCAUCACCCUCGAGGUUGAGCCCAGCGACACUAUCGAAAAUGUCAAGGCUAAGAUUCAGGAUAAGGAAGGAAUUCCCCCUGAUCAGCAGCGUCUGAUCUUCGCUGGCAAACAGCUGGAGGAUGGACGCACACUGUCUGAUUACAACAUCCAGAAAGAAUCUACUCUGCAUCUGGUUCUGCGUCUGCGUGGUGGUAUCAUUGAGCCUUCACUCAGACAGCUGGCCCAGAAAUACAACUGCGACAAGAUGAUCUGCCGCAAGUGCUAUGCCCGUCUGCACCCACGUGCUGUCAACUGCCGCAAGAAGAAGUGUGGACACACCAACAACCUUCGUCCCAAGAAGAAGCUGAAGUAGACAUUUUGACUGAAUCGGCUUUGCAUGCCAUUUUGUGUUAAAAUAAAUGUAAGAAAAUUA